AUGAAAGGCACUACUAAAGGGGAAGAUAUUCUUUCUGAAGUCAAAAAAACAAUGAUAAAGUUUGAUUUGCCAGAAACAAAACUCUCUGGUGUCACUACAGAUGGAGCAAGUUCAAUGAAAGGAAAAAAUAUUGGAUUUGUGGCAUUAUUUAAGAAAUCCAUUAAUCACAACAUUCUUUCAUAUCACUGUAUUAUACAUCAGGAACAGUUAUGUGCAAAAGUAUUAGAAAUGAAAGAAGUCAUGGAAAUUGUUAUCCAAACUGUUAAUUUUAUAAGAAGUCGUGGCCUUAAUCACAGACAGUUCAAACAAUUGCUUGAGGAUUGUGGAAGUGAGGCAGAAGAUGUAAUUUAUUUCUGCCAAGUUAGAUGGCUUAGUCGAGCUGCAACUUUGAAAAGAUUUUGGAUAUUAAUACCUGAAAUAAUAAAGUUUCUAAAAAUUAAAGAUAAAGACACAAGCUUUCUUGAAAAUAAUGACUGGCUGAAUGAUUUGGCAUUUUUAGUUGACAUUACACAGAUGUUAAUGGAAUUAAAUAUCAAGUUGCAGGGUAAAGAUCAACUUAUUAGUAAAUUAUAUGAAAAUGUAGAAACAUUUGUUUUGAAAUUGAAACUUCUCAAACAACAAUUAAGUCAAAAAUCACUUAUCCAUUUUAAAACAUUGUCAGAAAGAAAUACCAACACAGUUGACUAUGAAAAAUAUUGUAAUCUUAUUUUGAAAGUAAUUGAUGAAUUUGACACAAGAUUUUGUGAUUUUAAAGAAGUAAAGAAUGAGUUAGACUUAUUUUCACAUCCAUUUUCCAUUAAAGUUGAGACAGUAAGAGAUGAAUUUCAAAUGGAAUUAAUAGAACUACAAAACAAUAAAGAUUUGAAAGAUGCUUACAAAGAUGUUGAAUUGUUAGAACUUUAUAAAAAAUACAUGAACAUUGAAGUUUAUCCACAUUUGUGCAAACACGCUAUGAAAUACUUUUCCCUUUUUGGAAGCACAUACAUCUGUGAACAAUUUUUUUCAAGAAUGAAACAUGUUAAAUCAGAGCAGAGACAUAGGUUGAAAGAUGAACACCUCACUGAUACACUUCGGAUUUCAUCGUCCACUAUAAAAGCUGACAUUGAUCAAUUGUGUAAAAAUAAACAAUGUCAAGUUUCCCAUUAA